AUGCUGGCAUCAGCCUUUUCAAAACUGACCAGAAGAGUGGGAUCAUCGCUAAGUAUCGGUAUGUGGUCUUUUUGUCAUUGAUAUCUUGUUGUAGCGCGGAGCAUGUUCAUCCAGGUCGAGGAGACCCCUAAUCCCCGAACUCUCAAGUUUGUUCCCGGUCAAAAGAUAUUGUCAGAGCCUCGAACGUACGACUUCACAUCGGUUUCUUCUGCUAAAAUCAGUCCUUUGGCACUGUGAGUUUUCAAACUUUAUUGAUCUUUACAUCAACGUUUCUGUAAAACAAGCUUAUGAUGAUCCCGGUUUUGACUACGUUUUUAUACUUUAAUUAAUAGUUUUAUACAAUAACUUGACAAAGUCACUAUGUUUUUCUUUUUCAGGCAAUUACUGCGGCUUCACGGAGUAAAAGCAGUCUUUUUUGGUGAAGAUUUUGUUACAGUAACCAAGACGAGCGACGAGGAAGAAUGGGCUUUGAUCAAGCCUGAUAUCUUUGCCACAUUAAUGGACUACCUUCAGAGUGGAAGACCUGUGAUUGCUGAAUCAGCAGAAGCCGAGCCCAGUGAUACUAGUACGUAUUGGUGCUACUUUUUAAUACAAAUUAGUACUUUUAUUUCUAUUUUGUCGUAUUUUAUUACUUAAACUUUGGAUUUCAGCGAUUCUGGACACGGACGAUGAUACCGUAGCCAUGAUAAAAGAGCUACUAGAGAGUAGAAUAAAGCCCAUGGUACAAGAAGAUGGGGGCGAUGUAAUCUACAAAGGCUUUGAGGACGGCGUGGUAAAACUCAAAAUGCAGGUAAGAGAUUCAACGUUUGCGAGUUUUAUAAAAUUUGAAGAUGAGUUUUUCGUGUAGAUUGAAGUGUUUGAGCCCCACAAAAACGUAUUUUAAGAUAGACGAGACGUCACUAUGAAAUCACACUUUCAGGGAUCGUGCACAGGCUGUCCCAGCUCGGCAGUAACCCUGAAGUCAGGAAUAAAGAACAUGAUGCAGUUCUACGUUCCUGAAAUUCAAGAUGUGAUCGAGGUAAAGGACGAAUCAGAUGACAUCAUCGAGAAAGAGUUCGAGAAAGUGGAUUCUACACUUUCCAAGGAGUAG